AUCUGGCUGCAGUAACCUGGGUCAUUGUUUUAUGCUUUAGACUGAUUGGCUUAUUUUUUUCUGUGUCAUCUGGUUCUUCAUUCUAGGAGACAAAGCUUUUGUUGAGUUCCUGAAUGAUGAAAUUAAGGAGGAAAAGAAGAUCCAGAAGCAUAAGUCCCUCCCCAAGAUGUCUGGAGGUUGGGAGCUGGAAGUGAAUGGGACAGAAGCUAAAUUAGUGCGGAAAGUUGCUGGGGAAAAGAUCACUGUCAGUUUUAACAUUAACAAUAGCAUCCCACCAACAUUUGAUGGGGGGGAGGAGGAGACCUCAGAAGGGCAGAAGGUUGAAGAAAAAGAGCCUGAACUGACGUCCACUCCCAAUUUUGUGGUUGAAGUUACAAAGAGUGACGGCAAGAAGGCCCUUGUUCUGGACUGCCAUUAUCCAGAGGAUGAGGUUGGACAAGAGGAGGAGGAGGAGAGUGACAUUUUCUCCAUCAGGGAAGUGAGUUUUCAGUCCACUGACAAAUCCGACUGGACGGACACUGAGUACACACUCAACACCGAUUCCCUGGACUGGGCCUUGUAUGACCACCUAAUGGAUUUCCUUGCGGACCGAGGGGUGGACAACACUUUCGCAGAUGAGUUGGUGGAGCUCAGCACAGCCCUGGAGCACCGGGAGUACAUUACUUUUCUAGAAGAUCUCAGAAGUUUUGUCAAGAUCCAGUAGAGCAGACAGAGACACUGAAAACCUUUAAUUUUAUGGCAGGCUUUGGCCAGUGAACAAAACCUACUCUAAAGGCCAGACACAUGUGCUUUGAAAUGGUUAUCAUGCUAAUAUCAUGGAAAGAAAUUCAAGCUUAAAUUAUUUCUGUUGUACUCUUGUUUAGUAUUCAUUUAGUCCUUCUCUACAAAUCUAUUAUUUCUAGAUCUUUUUCUUUUUGGUAUAACAUAAUAAUGGACAAUAAAACCAGUUUAUCCCUUC